UCACCGCCCUGCCUGCAGCAUCGGUGCCCACAGAUGAUGCUGCUGAUGCUGCUGAUGGAGACUGGAGGAGCGGCCUCGCCAUGAAUCCCACACGGAGAGGGAAUUAAGGCAUAAAAAAAAAUAAAACACCCCGCCAUAACAACUCGGAUGCGGACACGGACACGCGAAGCCGUCACAUCUGGCCCCGCGUUGAGAUGCUCCACGGCGGCCAAACGCGAAGCCAGCGACGCGCUGUGCCGCUCCGGUCGGGCUGCUCCUCGGUUUGGCAGAGCUCACUGUGGAGGCGACUUGGGGAAGACAUCCACCGGGUAAACAACCACCAGCCCGGGCAGCUCUCAACAAACACCCGGGAUCCGAUGACCGGAGCGCGAGGAAACGCCGCUCGGAAGGGUGGAGCCGCGGGGUUUCUUUAAUAAAUGAUGAGGCGUCUUAUGCUUUGAUGUUUGUGUCCGCCGGACACUGACACGCCACCGCAGCGGUUUGUUGUUUUAUUUAUUUAUUUGUUUCGACGUGUCCGGACAAUGACCCAGGCGGUGUUAUGUCACCGGACCGCGCGCUAGAGACGAUGCCCGCCGCCCGGCGCGCGACCCCCGCGAGCUUCCGCGCAAAGCGCCCCGACAGCGGCUCUCCGCGGAGGCUGUUUAUGCAAUCCGACGCAGUGUUGCAAGUGGGCUGAUUUGAUGCCGCCGUGUGUGUCUCCCAUGUGAUACAGCCCCCCCCCCACACCUUUACCUUGUGUUCCUGGGUAAUACGCUCGGGCCCCACAGUGCAGGAGCUGCCAUGAGGCGAUGCUCUGAAAAACAGGAGUUAAGGCUUUAAAAACAAAUAAGUGGUGGUGGGGGGGCAGGACAGGACAGCCAUCAUGUCGAAAGUCGUCAGCAACAAGGAGAAGAAAUCCUUCAGUAAAAAACUCUUCCGGAGAAGCUCGGUGCGCUCCGUGGGGAGCUUCAUGAACAGAGUCCUCCGGACCCUGUCCACGCUGUCCCAUUUCGGCACCGACGAGCAGGCCGCCGAGGACGAGAAGGACGACUCCUCUCUGGUCCCGAGCACCACCGGGGGCUCCGUGCCGUCGGACGACAGCGACUGCGGGGGGUUCCCCUUCGGGGACAAGGUGCCCGGUGUCGCCGGCCUCAAGAACCACGGCAACACCUGCUUCAUGAACGCCAUCCUGCAGUGCCUGAGCAACACGGAGCUCUUCGCGGAGUACCUGGCCCUGGAGCAGUUCAAAGGGGGGGAGACGACCGGCGGCGGCGGCGGCGGGGGGGGCAACGAGCGGGCCAGGUCCAACGGGGUGCUGGUGCAGAAGAAGGGGAGCCAGCAGCAGCAGGACUCCGGGGAGGUGACCGAGCAGCUGUCCGGUCUGGUUCGGGCUCUGUGGACCUUCGAGUACACGCCUCAGCACAGCAGAGACUUCAAGAAUGUGGUGUCCAAGAGCGCCCUGCAGUUCAAGGGCAACUCCCAACACGAUGCACAGGAAUUCCUCCUCUGGCUGCUGGAUAGAGUUCACGAAGACCUCAACCAUAUCAUCCAGCCGGACAUCAGACCCCCCGGGAAGCCUCCGGUGGAAGAGGAAAACGCCCCCGAAGGAUCUCCUCUUCCAGCACCUGGCUCUUUCGUACAGGAGUUGUUUCAGGCACAAUACAGGUCCUCCCUGACCUGCCCUCACUGCCAGAAACAGAGCAACACCUUUGAUCCUUUCCUCUGCAUCUCACUGCCAAUCCCAGUACCUCACACACGGCCCCUGUAUGUGACAGUGGUGUACCAAGGGAAAUGCUCCCACUGCAUGAGGGUCGGGGUGGCCGUGCCUCUUUCUGGCACCGUGUCCAGGCUGAGACAAGCUGUGGCCCAAGAGACCAAAAUCCCGUCCCAACAGAUUGUCCUCACCGAGAUGUACUUCGACGGCUUCCAUCGCUCCUUCUGCGACGACGACGACGACCUGGAGAUCAUCCAGGAGAGCGACUCCAUCUUUGCCUUCGAGACCCCCGAGCUGUUCAGGCCGGAGCAGAUCCGCUGCAAGCGGGGCGGGAGCCCACACGCAAACCUCAACCAGAACAACCUAAAGUACGGCACGGACAACAACCGGAUAUCCACGCAGAUGCAAGAGCCCACAACGCCGCCUCAGAGCCCCAACAAGAACAGCGAACAGGCCGAGAAGAUCGUGCUGCUGGUGUGCAACCGAGCCUGCGCCGGGCAGCAGGGGCGCAGGUUCGGCAAUCCAUUCAUUUUGUAUCUGGAGCGCACGGUGACGUGGGACGUACUUCAGAAAGAGAUCCUGGAGAAGAUGCGUCAUCUUUUGCGCCCCGGAGUCCUUGCGCAGGUAGGACCCUUCACGUUGCGCGUGGUAGGAGUGGUGGGGAUCACAUAUCUCCUGCCUCAGGAGGAGCAGCCGCUCUGCCAUCCCUCCGUGGAGAGGGCAUUCAAGUCCUGCGGCCCCGGAGGGCCUCCUCAUGUCAAAAUAGUCGUCGAGUGGGACAAAGAGACUAAAGACUAUCUGUUCAAAAGAACGGAGGACGAAUACAUCCCAGAUGCUGAAAGUGUGCGCCAAUCGAAGGAGCAGCACCUUCAGCCGCAGACCUGCUCACUGGCCCAGUGCUUUCAACUGUACACCAAAGAGGAACAGCUCGCUCCUGAUGACGCGUGGCGAUGUCCGCACUGUAAGCAGCUGCAGCAGGGCAGCAUCAAGCUCAGUCUGUGGACGCUGCCCGACAUCCUCAUACUGCACCUGAAACGCUUCAGACAGGACGGAGAUCGGCGAAUGAAGAUGCAGAACAUGGUGAAGUUCCCGCUCGUAGGCAUGGACAUGGCCCCCCACAUGGUGAAGAGGAGCCAGAGCAGCUGGAGUCUUCCCUCUCACUGGUCGCCAUGGAGACGACCUUACGGCAUGGGCCGUGACCCAGAGGACUACCUGUAUGACCUGUAUGCAGUGUGUAACCAUCACGGGACCAUGCAGGGAGGACAUUACACAGCUCACUGUAAGAACUCCAUAGAUGGACAGUGGUAUUGCUUCGACGAUAGCGAUGUUCAGCCCUUAUCUGAAGAUGAAGUCUGCAAGCAGACGGGCUACAUCUUGUUUUAUCAAAGACGUGCCACCAUUCCAUCCUGGUCCGCCAACAGUUCUGUGGGAGGAUCCACCAGCUCCUCUCUGUGCGAGCACUGGAUCGGCCGGCUGAUGGGAAGCCGGCCCCCGAGCCAGGCCUCGUCCGGCUCCUCCAGACGCACGUCGCUGGCCUCCCUCUCCGAGUCGGCCGAGUUCGCUGGUGAACGGAGCGAGGACGACGGCUUGUCGAGCCGGCCGGCAGUGCGGGGCAUGCAGCGACAAACCUUCUCCUCGCGGUCUUCCAUCGCCAGUCCGCUGGUGCUCGGCGAAAACAGCGCCAAGCCAUCCUGGUCGCACUCUGCUAAGCUCCAGCUGCGGUCCAACUCCCCCUCGCGCUUCUCCCUGGAGUCCCACUCCUCCUCCCCGACGCUGGAGAUGAUCGGAGAGGUGGCUGACACCAAGCUGUCCCCCAAGCUGGACAAAUCUUCGGGCGGGAAGUCGGCCCUCGCGGCUUCGGAUGGCAAGAGGCCGGUGGAACCGGCCCCCUCCAAGGCCGCUGCCCAGGCCGAGCAGAAGAGCUGCGCCCCGCCGGGUGAAAGCAGCACCGGAGCCGGUGCUGCUGAGCAGGUCAGUCCUCGACACGGGGCGGCCGCUAAGGACCCCAAACAGAGGAACGGGUCGGCGGACAGCGCCUGCGCUAAAAGGACCUCAGCUAGUCCCAAGAAGCGGCCCGCAACGUCCUCGACGUCCUCCAGCUCGCUGUCGCCCGCGUCCCCGGCCGCCGACAAGCUGCCGCCCCGAGCUCAGGCCAAGAGCGCGGCCGCGGCGUCGGCGUCGUCCUCCAAGGACAAAGGCGACGGGCCGGCGAAGGCUAGCAAGGCCGGUUCCUCGAGGACGGCCACCCCCUUGAAGAAAGGGUCGUCCCAGACCCCGGAGGUGCUGCAUCCCGACUCGGCCCAACAGAGGAGCGGUUCCCCGGGGUCACAGAGCGCACAUCCUCAGAGGAAGACGUCGCCCAGGGGCGAGAAAAGCUCGGCCUCGGCGAGGACUAAAGCGGCGGACAGGAGCGCCAGCCGCGAACCUUCGCGGAACAGCGCGGCCUCCGAGAAGAAGGUCAACCACGGCGGGCCCCCCCGGGCGGGCGCCGGCGGCAGGGCGGAGGGCAGGCCGGGCCGCGCGGCGGAGAACAGGGCGGCCGGGCGCAGCUCCAGCAGCAGCUCCUCCAUCGCCAGCCUCCGGUCCUCCAGCGUCGGCGUCCCCUCUGCGGGCGGAGCCCCUCCGCCGCGGGGGCCGCAAAGGAGCAGUAAGGCGGAGGACAAAGGUCUAUCCUUCUUCAAAACGGCCCUGAGGCCCAAGGAGACGCGCCGGUCGGCCGACGGUGGGAAGGCGUCGCCGGAGGACGGCGCCGGCGACGUCCAACAGGGGGGGACGUGCAAGAAGGCCCAGGGUGCGGCAUCAGAGGUCAACCAGGCCAACGGGGCCGCGGCCAAAGACAAGGAAUCCUCCAAGGCGCCCGCUGGCGCCAAGCACUCGCUGCUGCCCUCCGCCAAGUCCAGGCUCCCCGGGGCCGAGACGGGCCCCCAGGCCUCGGCCAACGGGAAGGAGCCCGCCAAGAAAGAGCCGGCUAAAAAGACAAUGCCGUCCAGGAAGAUCCCCAUCAGCUCCACGCAAACUAGCCAGAGGGCAAAGUGACCUCCUUCUAAAGGCCUGACAACCUUCUCUCUCUCUCUCUCUCUCUCUCUCUCUCUCUCUCUCUCUCUCGAGUGCAGCUCUGAGGUGUUUCAACCAUCGAAACAAACAUCUCUGAAGCCCAUGUAGCUUUUCAGUGGUUACUGGAUACCAGCUGCCAGACCGGACGCCCCCCGCCGGACGCAUUGUUAAAUAGUUAUUUAGGAAUGGAUUUUGACGAAGCACUUUGUAUGGAUUGCAUUGAUUUUGAGGAAUAGUAUACUGUAUUAUGAAUAAGCAUGGACUGCACAUGUAUUGAAUUAUUGCCUUGUUCUGUCUGUAGCAUAGUGGGGACACGUACAUCUCAAUAGGAGGUGAAAAUAAAAGUGACUUUGCACAAGACGUAAAGCAGAACGAAAUGGUGGAAAGAUACAUCAAACACGGACAACUCAGUCACCAAAGGAAGUUUACUGGCAAUAUUUGACAUGCUGAUACAGUGACACGCUGAAUUAUUUCCAAAAACCGUUCACGUACAGCUCUCUGUCAAUGUUGAGAGCCAUAUGUCAACAAACAGUGCCUCAGAUUAUCAACCUAUUUAAUCAGAAUUGUAUAACUGGAGGUGAAUUUAUAAUUCAAUUUUAAUAUUUAUCAAGCACUGAAAAUGUAAUUACAAGACAUGCAGUUAAGCCUAUUUAAUGCUCCUUGAUGUAGUCAUUGUGCAACAGCCUUUAGGAAGUACUUUAGACGAGGAAGCGCAGGAAGGAAGCAUGCGUCGCUGCUGUUAAAUGUCUGCAGGUUCCUAAAAAUGUCUGUGUUUUAUUUGACCAGUAGUGACCUGUUACCCCCUCGGACCACCUGGUGGAGAUCAGCCUCUUUUCAGACUGCCAGACGUCUCCAAAAACAUUCCUCUCAGAUGAACACAGGGUUAAUGUGAAAAGCCACCACACACACCGUACGCACUCAGCGACACACACCCGGCUGACGCCCAUCUUUGUGUCUUUCGCCUGCGACGCCACGGCUCGUGCACAUCUUUAGCUUUGCAUUGCGGGAGUAGAAAUCGACACUGAGCGAACGCACCAAGAGGAGAGAUCGGAUAUCCAUGAAGUAUACCACAGUUGUUGCAUGAUAAAUUGCUUAUGCAUGCACUUAACUAUGCAAGCAGAUUCUUGCUAAUGCCCACACUGAGUAUGUAGAGUAUGCGCUACUCUUGGAUGUGUAUAUAUUUCUAAACUGUAUAUUUUUCCAAAUGCCGGCAUCAGAGAGCACGUUAAGGCAUCCUUUAUCAAAGCUUUGUUUGCACAUUUCUUCAAAGUAAUACACAUUUUGUAUGAAUGAUAAGUAUUGCUCAUUCGCCCACUCCAAGUAAAUCAACUCACUUGCAAAUGAAUGUUUCUCUAUUGUAUUCAUUUGUCUCACAUUGUUCCUCCCAAUGUCUCAACCUUUCGGGCACCUUUUUGACAGAGGGUUUUUUAUGACAACGACACGUUGAUGAAGUUUACAAGUUGUGGUUUAUCUUUCGUUUAUCUUUGCAACGUUGUGUUUUUAUACCGGAGCUGACGACGAGCUCACACUGACGACAUUCCAGGCAAGACGCUGAGCUCGGCCUUUUGAACCACGCGGUCCUCAGCUGAUCAUGUGCAGUGUGCUGUCCUUCGUGUGGGGUUCAUGUUUCCUUCUUGUGCUGUUUGAUCAAACCUCAAUUUUUGUCUCAGUAACUACGUUCAUCCGAAUUAUAAACUGCGUGAAUGUCGGUGUCACUUCAUCAGAACAAACUCAUUUGCUUUCUGGCUUGUGGUGCAGAAUGAAUUAUCCUCAGUGUGUGUGUGUGUGUGUGUGUGUGUGUGUGUGUGUGUGUGUGUGUGUGUGUGUGUGUGUGUGUGUGUGUGUGUGUGUGUGUGUGUGUGUGUUUGACAUAAGGGGACCUGACUGAUGCAUGCCAAAUGGGAUGUAUGAGUUUAACCAGAUACUGCAGAGCAGAGAUUUAUUUUCACAAAUGCAUGAGAGUGAUCAGACCUUUAUACUUUUCCAUCCGUAUCCCGCGAUAUGAUGUUUGUACCGUGUUCAUCUUUUUGUGGUGUAGCAGUGUGUGUUUGCAUCGAUUUAACAAUGCGAGACAAACAAACGAAAUAAAAAUAUGCCAUGUUUUUCACAUUCCA